CGUUCUGACCAAUCAAUUCACUCGUGUAGCAACGCCGCUGCGGAGUGUCUUCAGCGGAGAGGGACGAGGUAGCGAACGUAUUAAGAAAAUAAACGAGUUAUUUUUUUUCUUCCAAUUUUAUACCGAAGGAGAUACUUCAGCGUAAACCAAGAACGAUGACUGGCUCGAACGAGUACAAACUGAACCAGGGACCAGAGGACAGUAUCUCUGCUGUGAAGUUCAGUCCCAGUACGGGCCAGUUCCUUCUCGUGUCGUCUUGGGACUGUACUGUCCGGCUCUACGAUGUGGCAGGAAACUCCAUGAGGAUCAAGUAUUCUCACCUGGCACCUGUGCUGGAUUGUGCUUUCUAUGACCCUACACAUGCCUGGAGCGGAGGCUUGGACACGCAGCUGAAAACCCACGACUUGAAUACAGAUCAAGAUACAAUAGUUGGGACACACGACGCCCCCAUUCGCUGUGUGGAAUACUGUCCAGAGGUCAACGUCAUGGUAACAGGUAGCUGGGAUAGGUCAGUCAGGCUGUGGGACCCCAGGACCCCCUGCAACGCUGGCACCUUCACACAACCUGAAAAGGUGUACACCCUCUCUGUGGCUGGUGACCGGCUCAUAGUGGGGACAGCAGGGAGGAGGGUGUUGGUCUGGGACCUGAGGAAUAUGGGCUACGUCCAGCAGAGGAGAGAGUCCAGUCUGAAAUACCAGACACGAGCCAUCAGGGCUUUCCCGAACAAACAGGGCUACGUGCUGAGCUCCAUAGAAGGACGUGUUGCUGUGGAGUACCUGGACCCCAGCCAGGAAAUGCAGAAGAAGAAGUACGCCUUCAAGUGCCACCGGUUGAAGGAGAACGGCAUAGAGCAGGUCUAUCCCGUCAACGCCAUCUCCUUCCACGGUGUCCACAACACCUUCGCCACAGGUGGUUCAGACGGCUUUGUGAACAUCUGGGACCCUUUCAACAAGAAGCGCCUGUGUCAGUUUCACCGCUACCCCACGUCUAUCGCCUCCCUGGCCUUCAGUAACGACGGCUCCACGCUGGCCAUCGCCUCCUCUUACAUGCAAGAGCAGGGAGACAUCAGCCACCCGGAGGACACCAUCUUCAUCCGUCAGGUGACGGACGCCGAGACGAAGCCCAAGUGAGUCGGGACGGUCUCCUGAUCUGAUUCACACCGUGGGGCCCCGAUCUGAUUCUGAAACCGCGCUGCCUCGGGUAGUUUCUUUCCGCGUUGUCUUCUUUCAGCACUGUGAGCUACAGCAACCAUGAUAAAGGAUUUACUUCAUGGUGGGUCCAGCCCAGUACGGCUCGGCCCUAUAGUGUGAAGCAGAACAUCCAGUCCACAUCCCGGUGCUCUUGUCUGGCCUGCACCGCCACACUGCCCCUCACACUAUUUUGGUACAUAUGAAUGGCAGCAUUGACCAGGAGCAGGCAGCUGGUAUUUAUCAGGCCAUCUAGCUCUCUCUCUCUAGCUCUCUCUCUCUCCAGCUCUCUCUCUCUCUCUCCAGCUCUCUCUCCCUCUCUCUCUAGCUCUCUCUCUAGCGCUCUCUCUCUCUAGCGCUCUCUCUUUCUAGCUCUCUCUCCCGCUCUCUCUAGCUCUCUCUAGCUCUCUCUCUAGCUCUCUCUAGCUCUCUCUAGCUCUCUCUAGCUCUCUCUAGCUCUCUCUCUAGCUCUCUCUAGCUCUCUCUAGCUCUCUCUAGCUCUCUCUAGCUCUCUCUAGCUCUCUCUCUCUAGCUCUCUCUCUCUAGCUCUCUCUCUAGCUCUCUCUCUAGCUCUCUCUCUAGCUCUCUCUCUAGCUCUCUCCGCCUUUUUCAAUAUCCCGUAGUUGACGGACCGAUGAGGACUUGACAAAAUGGCUGCCUCCUGAUCUGUGUGUGGCUCCAGGAGAGUCCUGAAGACGGCUGAAUGGCUCCAUCUAAACAAAACAACCUUCGCUGACCUUUGUUCAUCUGCCUGUAUUUGUUGGAUUUAAAGUUUAUUAUUUACUGUUCCCAUUUAUUUGUACUUUUUAAAAAUGAAACGUGUGCUUUUAUUAAAUGUAGAAGGACUACACCCAUGUGUUUUCAGUUGUAUCUAGCCCCGCCCCUCUAAUAAACUGGUGAAAUUAGGUUGUCUAGCCCCGCCCCUCUCAAACUGGUGAAAUUAGGUGGUUGUAUCUAGCCCCGCCCCUGUAAUAAACUGGUGAAAUUAGGUUUUCUAGCCCCGCCCCUCUCAUAAACUGGUGAAAUUAGGUUGUCUAGCCCCGCCCCUCUCAUAAACUGGUGAAAUUAGGUUGUUGUAUCUAGCCCCCGCCCCUCUCAUAAACUGGUGAAAUUAGGUGGUUGUAUCUAGCCCCGCCCCUCUAAUAAACUGGUGAAAUUAGGUGGUUGUAUCUAGCCCCCGCCCCUCUAAUAAACUGGUGAAAUUAGGUUGUCUAGCCCCGCCCCUCUCAUAAACUGGUGAAAUAAUGUCUAGCCCCGCCCCUCUCAUAAACUGGUGAAAUUAGGUUGUUGUAUCUAGCCCCCGCCCCUCUCAUAAACUGGUGAAAUUAGGUGGUUGUAUCUAGCCCCUGCCCCUCUCAUAAACUGGUGAAAUUUGGUUGUUGUGUCUAGCCCCUGCCCCUCUAAUAAACUGGUGAAAUUAGGUGGUUGUAUCUAGCCCCGCCCCGCCCCUCUCAUAAACUGGUGAAAUUAGGUUGUCUAGCCCCGCCCCUCUCAAACUGGUGAAAUUAGGUUGUCUAGCCCCGCCCCUCUCAAACUGGUGAAAUUAGGUUGUUGUAUCUAGCCCCGCCCCUCUUAUUGUAUCACUCUUCUCAGACCAAUUGAAAAGGAAUAAGGUUUUUUUCUGUAAUGACAUGACUAUUGAUUUGUCUAAAGAGUCGAAUAAAGACUAAAGACAAAAAUCCAAUUUGUUGCGGUAAUGCAUUUUCCAAUAAUCAAUAAAGACAUGUUAAUGACUCCA